UAUAUACUCCAACACUGUACUCAACUUUCUGUAUUCUGCGUCUCUUGCUGAUCGACAACUGGAAGAUGACGGAGUCAGUGAUAAGAAAUAAGCCAGGAAUGGCAAGCGUGAAGGACAUGCCGGUUCUCCAAGACGGGCCUCCUCCGGGUGGGUUCGCCCCGGUCCGAUACGCUCGUCGGAUACCUAACAAGGGCCCCAGUGCUAUGGCUAUUUUUCUAGCUGCUUUUGGUGCCUUCUCUUAUGGAAUGUAUCAGGUCGGCAAAGGGAACAAGAUCCGCAGGGCAUUGAAGGAAGAAAAGUAUGCUGCACGUAGAGCAAUAUUGCCGGUGCUUCAAGCUGAAGAAGAUGAAAGAUUUGUCAAAGAGUGGAAGAAGUAUCUCGAGUAUGAGGCCGAAGUGAUGAAGGAUGUGCCAGGUUGGAAAGUAGGCGAAAAUGUAUACAAUUCCGGGAGAUGGAUGCCUCCUGCAACUGGCGAGCUCCGUCCCGAAGUUUGGUGAUACCUUUUCCUGUAAACUCUUUGACCUGAACUGGUGUGUUUUCUCUUCAUGCAAGCCUUUUAUGUUCCCUGGUCUUGUUCGCAGUGUGCUAAAUAAAAAA